UCUUUGAUAAUACCUUGUAUCUGAUAAUACAUAUGGUCUUCAUUUUUUUUUUGAGUUAGCUAUAGGCCUAGGAAUACAAUUUAAAGAUGAUGAUUAUAGUUUUCUCUGGAUGAAAAUGGAAACCCAGAAUUAUGAAAAUGGUUUAAAGAGUUCUUUAAUCCUGUAUACAAUCUCUUUAUUAAAAUUGUAGAAGUCAAAACCAUCUUUUAAGAUUUGGGGUUUGAAGUGUGAACUGACUCAUCAGUGUAGCGGAAAGCUAUACAAUAUCAUAUUCACUUUUGAUUUGAUUAUUAUUGUAUGUAUUGAUACAGCUACACCAUCAAUAAUAUUUAUACCACCAAUUCAUUCUUCUCUCGUUCCUUCGUGGUUCUUCAAAAGAUAAGAAAUAAGUCAUAUAUGCAUGGUGGAAGAAGCUUAGGUUAAUUGGAGCCAUAUAGCAAGAGGGAAUCAUUAUCAUCAACGAAAGGGAGAUUUUGGUUACACUGGCAAAGGUGGCGGGUUCGGACGAGUUUAGAAAGUUGAAGGCGGUGGAGGAUGAAGAGGGUGGAGGCUCAUCAUCAUCACAAGGUUGUUCAUCAAUAGUAUCAGAGCUGGAACAACUAGUAUCAGGAACGCACGCCAACCCACAAGAACAGUGGUGGGGCCAUGAACAACAACAAUCUUCUAUGAUGCAUCAACAGCAUCAUCACGAUGAUGAUGUUUCUGCCUCUGUUCUUUGGGGUGGCCAUAAAAGAGGGCGUCAGGAAGAAACUAAUAUUCAGACUGCUGGUACAUCUUCUCAUAAUCAAUUGUUACAACAUGUCACUACUCUUCAUGCAUCACAACCAAGUGCAGGAACAACUUCAAGCGAAAGUGGUACAUCCUACGAAGAGACAGGAGAGAGAAAGAGGAAAUACAGAGGAGUGAGGCAGAGACCAUGGGGAAAAUGGGCCGCAGAGAUUCGAGACCCUCACAAAGCAGCAAGAGUUUGGCUUGGAACCUUUGACACUGCGGAAGCUGCCGCAAGAGCUUAUGAUGAAGCCGCAUUGAGGUUUAGAGGAAACAGAGCCAAACUCAACUUCCCUGAAAAUGUCAAAGCAGUCCCAGUACCACCACAACAAACAACUGUCCUUCAGGCAUCUCCCGUACCAGUUUUUCGGCCGGUGAUGCAGGGGCCACGGCCUCCUCUUCAGGUCUCUCCUGAGCAGAUGAUGAAUGACUACUUGCAAUAUUCUGAGUUAUUGAAGAGCUCUGGUGACCACUUUCAUGGACAGUGGCUUUACCGUUCACAAAUGAAUUUGGCAGAUCAAACUUCGUUAUUAUUAUCAACGUCUUCGGGUUCGUCUUCGCUUUCAUUUUCGUCUUCAUUGCCGGCUGAGUUUUCACCGUCUACGAGUCAAUCCUCCUCUGCUUCAUUUCCUCUGCUGUUUUCUUCAGUUCAACAGCAACCAGGACAUCAACCAGGAUUUUUCCGUCCACCGAGAUAUUAUUCUGACAAUAUCAGAGGAGCAAGCGGCGGAUUGAGUUUUCCACCACCUUCAACGUGGUCAGAUACCCAUGGCUAUCCUCCUCCGAAUUGACGUGGAAUUUUUUUUUUUUUAA